AUGAACUCCCUCUACGCCACUCUGUUCCGCUCCUUACACCAGCGACGACCAUUCGGCCUCAACCGCCUAGUGACUGCGGAAGUAACAAGAGCAGUAGGGCUGAGUGCAGCAAUUCCCCUCGCGCUUGGGCACUGGCAAUAUGUCGGGAACACCGCGCAGGGACGUAGACUGAACUCAACCAAGGCCAGCCAGCUGAACGACAAGAAGAAGCCAACUGGGAAAGGAAAGAAGGCGAGAUUGACAGAGGAAGAAAAGGAGGAAGAAAAACGAAGACGUAAGAAAGUUGUCAAGGACUUCAACGAAUUCAUAGGCGAGAGGAAACUCAAAGAUUGGAGAAAGCUGUGCUAUACCAUUGGUCUGGAAGGCGAGUUUGAGGAUGCCACACUACCGGGGAACCGGCCAUUACUGAUACCCAUUUCUUUUCGCCCUCACCAGGCCAUUAAAGCCGUACACGUCAACAUCUAUGAUGUCCUUGAAACCGAUAGAAUCAUUCAGGCCGGGGGGGAGUCAAGGCCGCAGCGAUUCACAACACCUCAGGCGCUCUCAAAGUAUUCAAUAGGGCAUCGCAAGAUUUACCCCAGGAAUAAGGUCAUCGAAGAUCAGCCGGAGCACGCGAUGCUCAAGCACAUUUUCGAUCCGGAUUUGGAGGAAAAGUUGCAGAGUAAAAGAGAGGAAAGGCUGGGGAAGAAGAAGGAGGCGAAGUUGAAGGGAAAGGAGAAGUCGCAAAGGGAGAAGGAGGUAAAGCAAACGGAAACUGGAAGCACCUGA